AUGGUCCCUUCGCCGGCCAUCGCUUUAGGCUUCCUCGGCGCCUUGCAGGGUGUCGGAAACGGCGACGGCAAGGUCGUCGAGCGGCGGCAGGCGGCGUGCGCCACGGGCGUGCAUAUGAUCGUCGCCCGGGCCAGCACCGAGAGACCCGGGACGGGGGUCAUCGGCGGGGUCGCCAGCAGCAUCCAGGCGCAGAUCCCCGGGUCGGACAUCGAGGCCGUCGACUACCCGGCCGAGCUGAACCCGUACCCGCCGUCGCAGCAGGCCGGCGUGACGGCCAUGACGAAGCUGGUGCAGAACUAUGCGGCGGCGUGCCCGCAGACGAAGAUGGUCCUGUUGGGAUACUCGCAAGGGGCACAUGUCACCGCCGACGUUCUGUGUGGCGCGAGCGAAGACGGCUUCACAACCACCCAGCCACAGGGACCCGAUGUCACGGAUAAGAUCGCUGCCGUCGUUCUCAUGGGCGACCCCAGCCAUGUCAACGGACAACCCUUCAACCAGGGGACCAGCCAGAAGGACGGGAUGUUCCCGAGGCAGAACACCGCCGGCUGCGACGCUGUUGCCAGCAAGAUGGUGUCCUUUUGCAACACGGGCGACCCCUUCUGCGAUAGAGGCCGCAACGUCCAGGUCCAUCUCAGGUACGUCCAGUCGGACGGCGACAAGGCAACACAGUUCGUCGUUUCCCAGUUCAACGGGGGCGGCGCACAGGCUCCAGCUUGA